CAGAAGGAGAAGGCACAGAGCCACCAAGGCAGGAUGAGGGCCCGAGGCUAUACUUAAACGACAGUGAGUACAACGAAGUCUCAAAGCCUCAACAAUAGACGGAGGCACAUACAGAAAGAGAGGCUGACCGAUAAUCCAGGUUUCAGCUAGCAACUAUAUAUAUAACUGAUUUACAACAUUGAUAGGCAUAUUUUGUCUAUCAAACUAGUUUGUGACUAAGUUUUAUGUCUGCGCUGGGUUUUCACCAUGAGUGGUGCACCUAAGAGACCUCAUGAAGAGACCGUUCAUUGCUCAUCAAAGCACCCGCAUGAUGAUCCAGGUUCAUAUUCUAAAUUGUCUUCAUCUGUUUCAAAUGAGUACCAUGUGCCUUAUGAUUUAGGUCAAGAUUCGAGGCUGUCAAAGACACCCCGUAUAGAAUCUCGUGAUGCAGACAAAAGAUCUCCUCUCCACUCAGGAUAUCGGAUCCCAUCUUCAGCGGAGUUGCAUGUAGAUCAUCCUGUAGGUGCUGAAAACAGGAUGGAAUCAAGGGAUUCCAAGGAAAUUAGAGAUCCACGGGUUGAGAACCGUGAUGUAAAGACUGAGAAGAAGGAAUUGCAUGGUGAGGCAAGGAGGGAUUCUCACACUUCUAAAAGUGAUAAGGAUCUACGUGUUGAGGGAAGAGGAGAUGACAACAAGGAUGUCAGAUAUGAUCGGGACAGUCAUAAUGAUUCAAAAGGUGACAUUAAGACAGAAAAGGAUGGUUAUGGUGUGGUAAGUACCCACUUGAAUUGGAAAGAAUCUAAAGAAUACCAUAGGGGAAAAAGAUAUUCUGAGCCCCCUGGUGGAAAUUUGGACUCCUGGCACAUGUCCCGUGGAAAUUCACAAGGCCCUCUUGAGGUUGGGAAGGAGGGUUCAACAGCAGAAGAGAGAGAUUAUAUGGAAGCUCAUGAGGCUGUUGGGGAGAACAGAGUUGAUCCAAAAGGUGAAGAUAAAUUUAAAGAGAAAGAUAGAAAAAGGAAGGAAGUGAAGCAUCGGGAUUGGGGGGAGAGGGAAAAAGAGAGAAGUGAUCGUAGAAGCAGUACACCAGUAAUCAAUACAAGUGGUGACAACAAAGAAUCUACCAAAGAAGAUAGAGAUGUUGAAAGGUGGGAUAGGGAGAGGAGAGAUCUUCCUAAAGACAGAGAAAAUUUAAAGGAGAGGGAAAAGGACCAUGUUAAAAGAGAAUCAUGGAAUGGAGUGGAGAAACAGGCUUCACAUAUUGAGAAGGAAAUUGGUGAUGCAUCAGUUAAAACGACAGAGCAAGAAAAUGUUGUACCUGAGCAGAAGAAACAGAAAGAUUUUGAAAGCUGGAAAAAUGUUGAUAGGGAGGCUAGAGAAAGGAGGAAAGAAAGGGAUAAUGAUUUAGAAGGAGAUAGACCUGAGAAGCGUAUUAGGUGCCCUGACAAGGAAUCAGAUGAUGGAUGUGCUGAUGGGGAAGGAGCAACAGAGAAGGAAAGAGAAGUCUGUAAUUAUAGUGUUCAGCAACGUAAGAGGAUGCAACGAUCAAGGGGGAGUCCUCAGGUGGCUAAUCGUGAACAUCGUUUUAGAUCCCGCACUCAGGACAAUGAAGGGUCGCAAGGGAAAGUAGAAGUAUCAUCUGUUGUUUAUAAAGUUGGUGAAUGCAUGCAAGAACUGAUAAAAUUGUGGGAGGAAUUUGUAUCAUCUCAAAUGGAAAAAACUGGUGAAAGCACUGGUAGUGGUCCAACUCUUGAAAUUCGGAUACCAGCUGAGCAUGUUACUGCUACUAACCGCCAAGUUAGAGGAGGCCAACUAUGGGGAACUGAUGUGUACACAUAUGACUCAGAUCUUGUUGCUGUUCUCAUGCAUACAGGUUACUGUCGACCAACGGCUUCUCCACCUCCUGCAGCAAUACAAGAGUUGUGUACUGUUAUUCGGGUGCUGCCUCCUCAGGAUUGUUAUAUUUCUACCCUGAGAAACAAUGUUCGCUCUCGUGCUUGGGGUGCUGCAAUUGGUUGUAGUUAUCGGGUUGAGCGGUGCUGCAUUGUGAAGAAAGGAGGUGGAACUAUUGAUCUUGAACCUUGCCUUACACAUACAUCAACAGUUGAGCCCACCCUUGCUCCAUUGGCUGUUGAACGGACAAUGACCACUAGGGCUGCAGCUUCGAAUGCAUUGCGCCAGCAAAGAUUUGUUCGAGAGGUCACGAUACAGUACAACCUCUGCAAUGAGCCUUGGAUCAAGUAUAGUAUAAGCAUUGUGGCUGACAAGGGUCUGAAGAAGUCACUCUAUACAUCUGCUCGUUUGAAGAAGGGAGAAGUUUUGUAUUUGGAGACCCAUUCGCGCAGAUAUGAGCUUUGCUUUACUGGAGAAAAAAUGGUUAAAACACCAGCAUCACAAUCACAUGAUGCAGACACAGAGAAGUCUCAAAAUCACCACUCUCAUUCUGCCAAUGGUGAUAAAUCUGAAAGUGAUAAUGUCAUGAUUGAUGUAUUUCGAUGGUCUCGUUGUAAGAAGCCUCUGCCACAGAAAGCAAUGCGAACGAUUGGGAUCCCUCUGCCCCUUGAACAUGUGGAGGUAUUGGAGGAGAAUUUGGACUGGGAAGAUCUACAAUGGUCACAGACUGGUGUUUGGGUUGCGGGAAAGGAAUAUACCCUUGCACGGGUGCAUUUCUUGUCCUUGCAUUAGUUCAUAGAUUUUUUUCCCCUUUUUUUAAAAAAACUUUUUUUUAAGUGGGGUGGGAAUUGGGAUAAUCUUAUGUCACCAUAUCACAUACAAUUUUUUAUGUAUCUAGAACUCCAUGCUGUUGUAAUUUAUAGGGCAUAGCUGUUGGUGUUUCAUCUAUAAGAGAAUUAUAUGGUGUAAUUUAUUUUUGUAUUUAUUUCUAGAUAUCCUUGCGUAUGGACCGCUAUUAUUCA